AUGGUGGAUCUCACUACUGGAAAGCGUCAUGCAGCGUGUGACAAGUGUCGAACCAGGAAGCUGAAGUGCUCUGGCGGGCUGCCUCGAUGCAGUCGAUGCUUACGAGAGAACAUACAAUGUGUAUACUCUCUUCAAAAAUCAAUGGGCAGGCCCAGGAAAAGGCGACGCGAUGAAUCCAGUGACCAGCCUCGUCCAGACCUUGAACGCCAUGGCUCGCGAUCAGGAAGCAGUGCAACCACACUACAUCUGAAUUCAAAUGAUUCGGUAGCAUGCAAUAGUGGCGGGAUAGAAGGAAGCAUGACGAACUGGUUUGGAGAGCCGCCACAAGUGCACAGUCGGCCUUCUUCGGCGCUCGAAUGGCCCGCCAUGGAGAGUAUGCUAGAACUUGAUGGUGCUACGGCUGUCCCACCUGACCAGUUUCCAAAAUUGUCCUGCUUGUGCCUGUCAACCAUGUACUUGACGCUUUCAAGUCUACAGUCAUUACCGUCGUUUUCAUUUCCAGUGGUUAUACCCCCACUGCGAUCAGCCUUGGCGUCCACGUUGCAAAUUUUACAUUGCCCGGAUUGUCCUCGAGAGACUUUCUCCGGCAUCCAAAAUGUCAUCACACUCACGUCGUUGUUGACCGCGAUCGCGGAGCGUUACCAUCGAGCAUUGAAGGCCAUAGACGAAGAGGCAGAACAAUUAGAAAAGUCUGGUCGAAAGAAGGAUUUCAGGGUCGGCGAAAUGUCAGUGAAUACGCUGCAUCUGCACACUGGCGAGGUUGACUGUCCAAUGGGAUUCCACAUUGAGCUCGGGGCUGAAGAGUGGAAGAAACUUGCUAAGAAAGUGAUCAAGACGGAGGUUUUAGGUAAGGGCAGCAGCCCCACGCCACUCAUCGAGGUUGUGGAGCAGAUGGAGAAGCGGCAGACGGAGUGGCACUCUAGGAUGCACGAAAUGAAUCCGGAGCGAGAGAAAUUAUUUGGGAGGUGCAACGAUGCACAUCAGAGUGGGGAUGCCACUUGUUUGAGGAUGGUGAAGCAGGUGCGGAUGAUGAUCGAUGCGAUGAAUUGGACGUAGCUGUAUGGUAAAUUGCUAUCGUCCUGCAAGUGGACAUCAGUGUCUUCCAAUUGGACAUUAUUAUCUUGAUAGAUGGCAGGCUAUUUUGAAUAUAAAGCGGCAGCCUAACACCGUCUGAGGUGGCCCGGAGAGCUACCAGGCUUGCUAAAACUGUCACUUUACAGUUUUAAUGAUAUAUCGGAGGACCUCAGGCGGUGCCAGGUACGCAUGCACAAGCACAGCAAGAGUGUGUACGUCACUCGAAACCACGGAUUCGUGGACUGCCACUUUGUGUUUAAGAAACCUGGGAGGGACCAUACUUAGUUCGUGUUAGGUGACAGAAACAACAAUCAUACUCUAC